AUGUCGCUUUCAUCCGCAAUGGCCAAUUCGCGAAGAACGAAGUGGGGAAGGCUUCGAUAAUCAAAAGUUAUGAGCGAUUUUGACGUUUUUAUCGACCAUUCACACUUUUCAUUUAAGGUUAUUUCGUAUUUUUCCUACCAUAUACACUAGACAUGGCAGAAGAUCCACCUUUUCCAAAUAUGGAUAAAUUCAACAAUAAUGCAAGAUGUGCCAUAGACAAUUUGGGAGUUCAAAUAAAAGAAGAAAAGUUUCUGAAUCUGGAACAGAUCGAACUGAACAGAAAUAAUAUCCUCGCUAACAAUAACAGAAAUCCUCUUCAUACCCAGCUGAUGUUGGCACCGCAGAAUGGUUUAAAUAUCGCUCAGAUGUCUUCCCCUGUCACGCACUUGGAUCCCUCCCAUUUUAACGACAAGGGCACUUGGAUCGAGGGUAAGGAAAAGUUGAGUUGGAACAACUCUUCCGUGGCGUGCUAUAAUCCAAAGACAAAACUAUUUCGUUGCGUAGCCUGUAACAAUACUGGAUUUCUCUCGCACAUAGCAGAACACUAUUUGAGUACUCAUGCCAAUGCUGCGGUUUUUCAGUGUCCUCACUGUACGUAUACUGGUAUGUGGCCACGUUACGUACACACUAACAAACAGCAGAUUGCCUCGAGCAUUGCAAGUAGUAUAUGUAAGGCCCAGCCAGUGCUGGACGAGAUCAUACGGCUUCUUCAGAAUUUGAAAGACAGCGUGGAGAAGAAGACUAAAGAGAAACAGAUUGCUGAUAACAAAAAUAAGCGUUACGUGUGUUCCAGAUGUCUGUAUGCUACAGACAGACGCGAUCUAUACAAUCGGCACGAAAAUAUACAUAAGGACGAGAAACCAUUUCACUGCUAUGUUUGUUUUAAGAUGUUUAACAGAGGAGAUCACGUGAAGAAACACUUCCUUCGUAUCCACAAAGAACACGUGUACGAUGCCACUCUCAUCCACCGUUUUCCGGCGAAAACCGCUCCUUCCAACGUGCGACAUCAGCAGCAGCCCACCCAAGUUCCCUCUUCAUCGACACUGACAAAUAUUAAUUCGUCGCUGUCUUCCGACAAACUAAACUCCAAAUCAAAGAAGACCAAACAGGUGAAAACAUUCGUUUGCACUUACUGCCCCUGGCAGGGAGUCGACAGCUGGUGUCUGCGUCGUCAUCUCAAUACGCACAUCAAACCUUUCUCUUGUUCCCUAUGUGAUUACAAAGCGGCUCGUACCGAACGACUCUCCAUGCACGUCAUGAAGGUUCACAGCAAGCGGUUAUGCAAUAAGUGUAAUUUUGUUGCGGAUAACGAUGCCAUCUACGAGCAGCACGUAAUCGAAAACCACUGCAUUGCUAACAAACACAUGGAAAAGCUUAUUAGUUCGCACAACCUGAAGGCAUUUAAGAAAUCAUGACUUGGCUGCAUUCCUACAAACCUCCUUUUGACAAACUACUUGGUAAACUUGGAUAACCAAACGCAAUUUAUUUGGAAAUUGAACUGGCACGGCCCUGUAGUUCAGCAGCAGUGAGAGAGUCACGUUGUCGACUGCCCACCAACGGGAUUCCCGACUAACGGACCUCUUUUUUCCACGCAGUGCCGAAGUGGAUAACAAUCUGUGAUUUUUUUCAAAUUAAAGGCAGUCCAUUGGGAACAUCGGCACUCUACUAUGCUUGUGGACAGACCUUAUGCUGUUUGGUUAUUUGCGAUCGGAUGUUUAGAAAAACCCACAAUUUAUGAAAGUGUUACUUGUAUAUAUGUUUACGUUUAUUAUUUUUAUUUCUGUUUCUUUUUUUUUCCUCCCUCAUAGAAUUUAGUGAUGCCAUGAAACUUUUAUACAGUCAAGUCGGGAGACAACUGAGCUUACAAUACUCAUUCUCUUUGUAGAAUCGUUUGCUUAUCACUGUAUAGUUUUUACUGAUUUUAUUUGUUAUUUUUUUAGAAUAGUUUAAUAUUAUUAUAUAUUUGCUAUAAGCUAUAAAGAUGGAUAUUUACAUUCCUCUACAGAAAUUUUUCUUUAUGAUUACCUGAAAUUUGGACAAAAUUGUACGGUAUUUUUAAGGUUUUUCGGGCAGCGUAUAAGAACUAAAUGGAAAAACCUAUGUUAAUUUUAAUCCUCUACCGUAAAAAUACAUAAGUUUGACUGUAAAAUUUCUGUAAAAAUAUUGUAAUAUUAUGACUAAAUCGCAGUCUAGCGGUAUCAUUCGUAGAAUAAAUGCACGCUGCUACAUAUUAUCUUAAGUUUUGUAAUUAUAAACAGAACGUGUGAUACCGUUAGAUGCGUUUUGCAGAUGGCAAAUACUUAAGAAACGUUUUUAAAUGACUUCUUAAAAAUAUGAAAUCGAGAACCUAAUAAAAGUAAAACUUUCGAGAACCCCAUAUGAUCGACGAGGCGGCAAGGACCGAAUUGUUUAAAUAAUCAAAAAUAUAGUAUAUAAAUAAUCGUUUCCGACAUGUGUUUUAAUGCCGAUAAAGAAUAAAGUUUUUAGAGACGACGAAAGAAUUUGAUAGUCUGAGGUUCUCCAAAAAAACGAAUUUUAGCAUCUUCGUCUUUUGUACUUUCACUGGUAGAAUAUUUGCAUUUAUAUAAAGUAUAAAAUAUUCGAGUUUUUUUGUAUUAUUUUUAGGAAUUACUUCCUCGUUAAUGUUUUAAACAAUAUUUGGAAGAAAAAAAAACACUGUACUGCGGAGAGAGAGAGAGAAUGAUAAUAUACCCCCUCGCCAUUGUACGUGCUUGCAAGUAACAAUAAUAAUAAUAAUAAUAAUUGGAGAUUAGAGACUUUGCAAAAUAUUCAUAUUUUAUCAUUUUACAGAAUAAUUCUAGACAAUUGCAGUAUUAAACGUGGUGUUUUUAUUCUAUUUAUAUAAAUGUGAAGCAUAUCUCAGGAAAUAGUAAGUAGUUGCAUGACGCUGUCGAUGUUUUUUCCUUUUUUUUUCCUCUCGAGCUUUGUAUUUAUAUUUCGUAUAUGCACGUGCGCUCUGUAGUUAGAUCGAACGUGCGCCGCGCUUCGAGAGUUGCGGGGCGGGCGUUUCCCAGCAGUGAAUUUAUGGGAGAAAAUGCCACAAGAAAUCGAAGACUUUGUUAUACUAGCUUUUAUCUAUGUGUAAAUGUGGAGAUUUUCAUGUUAAUAGUAAAUGUUAAUCUUGUUUAUUAUGAUUUUAUGUAUUAGAAUGCAAAUAAAAUUGUAUUUAAGUAUUCCAGUUGAUUGUUGUCAUUUUAUAAAUUUGAAAUUUGGUUCGCACGGAGUGGAAAAAUAAAGUGUCGAUCUUGUUUUGAAACUCUCGAUAUAGUGGAUUUUGGAAGCAAUUAGUCGCAUUGUGACAAGUACAUUGGGGUAUCGUUAUAUAUACAAACACACAAGACUGGUCGCUUGGAAUGGGAAGUACAGUAUCGAAAACAUUGGUAGUGUGUCCUGUAGGCAGUGUAUCAGUGUAGCAUCCUUGCUUGGUCUUUUUCAACAUAGUCAUAGUUCCUCAUAUUCAAUAAGAGUGUCAUUCUUACCAUUCCUGAAUAGGUAUAAUGUAUUAUCCUUAGAGACAUUCUUUGGAAUUGU